AUGAUGAAAGUUGAGAUCACAUCCACAGAGACCAUUAAACCAUCCUCCCCAACUCCCCAAACCCUCCAAAACUUCAAGCUUUCCCUUCUAGAUCAACUCUCUCCUUCACUAUAUGUCCCCCUUAUUUUCUUCUAUGCACCCAACAAAGAUUGUGAAGUCAAAAUUAUGGACAGAAUUAAUGUACUUAAAAAAUCCCUUUCAGAAACCUUAACUCGAUUCUACCCAGUCGCCGGAAGGACCAAAGACAACCUAUUGAUCGAGUGUAACGAUGAGGGAGUUGACUUUUUAGAAGCCAAAGUCAAUUGUCCACUCUUUGAAGUUCUCAAACAACCUGAAGCAGAUGUGCUGAACCAUUUCCUUCCUCAGGACUACCAUUUUAGUACAACACACAUGAAAGUCCAACUAGCCACUCAAGUUAAUAUCUUUAGCUGUGGGGGAAUGGCAAUUGGUGUGUGCAUGUCUCACAAGAUUUUUGAUGGAAACACAAUUGGUCAAUUCAUCAAUGGUUGGGGUGCAAUGUCUUGUGGGCUAGGUGAAACUGUGUCACCCAUUUUCCAAGGAGCAUCUCUCUUCCCACCAAGAGAUUUAUCGGGGUUAUCAUGUAAGCUCAACAUCCCAUUUUGCAAGUGCAUUACCAAAAGAUUUGUGUUUGAUGCAUCAAACAUAGCUUUGCUAAGGGCGAAAGUAACCAAGUAUUCAUGUGUGGAUCAUCCGACCCGUUUUGAGGUAACAUCGGCUCUAAUUUGGAAGUGUGCCAUGGAAGUCCAGAGAGCACAGUCAAAGUCUUUUUGGCCAUGUGUUGCAGCACAAAUUGUGAAUUUACGCCCAAGGAUGGUUCCACCUAUUCCAGAACAGUGUGCUGGAAAUCUUUGGUGGGCAAUUGUAGUGGCACCAACAACAGAGAGUGAGAUAGAGCUGCAUGAUUUGGUUUGCCAAAUCCGAAAUGAGAAAAGGAAAUUUGAUGGGAACUAUGUGAUGAAGAUGCAAGGUGAAGAAGGCUCUUUGUUGGUUUUUGAGUCAUUUGAAAAGAGAUGUGAACUGUCACAGUAUAAAGACUUUUACAGGUUUACUAGUUUACACCAUUUCCCGCUAUAUGAAGCUGAUUUUGGGUGGGGAAAGCCUGUGUGGAUAAGCAGUGCAGGUGGGAAUUUUAAGAAUUUCAUUGUUUUGAUGGAUACGCCACAGAGAAAAGGAAUUGAAGCUUGGGUGACAUUGGAUGAGAAAGACAUGCCUUUUUUUGAGUGUGAUCAUGAACUGCUCACAUAUAUUUCCUCUCAAUCAUGA